AUGUGGUGUAUAGCUGCAAAUCGGUCAGUCCUGACAGCACUUGAUCAAAAUACGACACUUCCCGAUCAUGAAAGAAGUAAUUGUACAGCAACAACAAAUGAUAUUGAUAAGAUGGAUAUAAUUCAAUUUGCUGAUGGUUGGUAUUCUUAUCCUGAUCUUAAUACAUUUGACAGUGAUUUACUUCUUGCUACACUUACACUUCGAAAUAUCAAACCAUUAAAAGCAAUAUCUCCAUGGAAUACUAAACUAGCAAAUCCUACUGGACUACCUCUAACUGAGAUCGCAACACGUCAAUUAGAAGCAUUGUUCAAUUUAUCACAAUUACUUUUUGGCUUAGCUCGAGCCGAACAAACAAAUUAUACAUUUCGUGAUUUACAAUUAAGUCAACCAGCAAGACGAUUUCGUGAAGCAGGAUUUAAUAAAUUCCCGAAUAGUAAUAAAUCUAUUGAUUUCUUUGCUGUUUUUCAACUUCUUGUCAAUGAUAUACUCAAAUCAGGUGCUAUUGACAUUGUUUAUAUGAUGUACAAAGAUCCUCGUAUUCGCUGUGUUAAACAAAAAUCUCUUGAUUUAUUAACAAAUGUAACAACAAUAAAUGAAGUUGGAUAUUUUAUUCUUGAUCGUUAUACACAUUUUCUUAUUCAACUUAUUCAAGGUAUUCGUGAUGGACAUUUAAUUGAAGAAAAAAUUCCAUCAUUAUCUGUUCUUAUACGUUUAUGUAAAGUUAUUGUUGAAAAAAAUCUUCUUAGUUAUUAUCAACAUUUAAUUGAUAUGCAAUUUAUUGAUAUAUUAAUUGAUCUUUUUGAAUAUCAACAAUAUAAAUCCAAUGAUUCUAUUGUUUAUUUUAUUAAAUUUGAAUCACUUGCACUUCAAUGUCUAUAUAUCACGUUACAAUGUGCUGAACAUGUUGAUAUGUGGUCAGAAAAAGCUCAAAUUCAACUAGUGAAUUAUUGUUGUACACUUUUAUACAAAUCAAUAUUGGAUGAUGAUAAAGAUGAUAGUUCACGACAAAUAGAAAUCAAUCAUAUAAUUUAUGCUGAACAACAUGGUAUAAUUCAUUCAUUAUGUUAUAGUAUAUUAACAUUUUUAAGUAUUGUUCGAUGUCGAAAAGAAAUUGGAAGAUUUUAUCGUGAAAAUGAACAUUUUCGAGAAUUACUUAAUGCUAUGAGACAUAAAUAUAAUUCUCAAAAUGAAUAUUCAUCUCGUAAUUCAUCAAUUUCCUGUGCACUUAAUCAACUUGUGAAUAGUAUGUUUGAUCGACAGGAACGAAAAAAACGUAGACAUUAUCAUCAAUUAAUUACGAAAGAUUAUCCACGUCAUCAAAAUCAAGAUGAAAAUCGACAAUAUCGAAAAUGUUCAAAUUCUUUAUGUCAAAUGAUUGAAAAUGAUCUUAUAAAAUUUGAAGAUUGUCCUUAUUGUCAUAAAUUAUCAUAUUGUAGUCAAUACUGUCAAGAAGUUCAUUGGACAUUAAAUCAUCAUUUAUCGUGUCGAUCUGUUAAUUCUGAUAGAAAGAAAGCAGAAUCAACUGUACUGGUACUUUUACACGACAUGCAAGGCUUAUCGAUUGAAAUAAACAGAACAAAUACAACUUAUGAUAAUAACAGCAAAGGAAAAAAUGCAAUUGGCACAUUACGUAAACUAUUAAACACGAGAAACGCUUAG